GGGUUUAGGCCGAAAGAAACCGUUAAAAGGCAAUGCCCUUUCAAGAUUCUGUCAAACCUACAUUCUCUUUGAGCUCUGUGAAAGUGUCGACCAUGGCGUCUUCUUCGUCUACUCCCCUCACAGUGUCCCCGGGAGUCCUGGCUUUUCUGAGUGCAGUUCGUGCAGGAAACCUUGGCUUACUCAAGGAGUUGGCUUCGCAACUCGAUGAUGGGAGAGGGAUGGCAAGAACUAUCGCGGAUGCUAAGGACGAUAAGGGAUGUGGGGCACUUCAUUUUGCCGCGACAGAGGGCAAUAUGGAAGUUUGCAAGUACUUGUUAGAGGAGUUGAAGCUUGAUGUGGACCCAAAAGAUGUUGAUGGUGAUACUCCUCUUCAUCACGCUGCUAGAUCAGUGCAUAUUGAGAUAGCAAAGUAUCUAAUAGAUCGAGGAGCCGAUCCUGCUUUACCUAAUGAUGGUGGUCUGACGGUAGUGCAUUACUCUGCUGGGUCAGGGAACAUUGAAUUGAUGAACUUUCUACUUUCUAAAGGGGUCAACAUUGAUUGUCAAAGCACUUCUGGCAGCCCUUUAAUUUUUUCUGCUGCCUGUGGUCAGCAAGAUGCUGUAAAAUUUCUCUUAGAACAUCAUGCUAAUCCCAAUGCGGAAACUGCUGAUCGUUUUACUCCGCUCUUUGCAUCUGUCACUAUCAGUUCGCUUGAAUGCUCAAAGCUGUUGAUUCAGGGGGGUGCCCAGGUGAAUGCUACUUUGCCUGGAGGACGAACACCUCUGCACAUUGCUGCUUUCAUGGCGAGCCUCGACGUCAUAAAUUGCUUACUAGAAGCAGGAGCUGAUCCCAAUGUCAGAGACGAGGAUGAGAUGACACCCAUACAAGUUGCAGCACGAAGAGGCUAUCGUCCAGCGGUUGAGAUUCUUUUUCCAAAGACUUCAAAAAUUGAAACUAUUCCAUGGAGUGUGGAUGGAAUCAUGGUGCAGGCGGCCGAACAUGGUGAUAUGCAGUUAAGUCGAGAAGCAAAACAGAAAGCUGCAGAAGCAAAAUCAAGGGGAGAUGAUGCUUUUCAAAGAAAGGACUAUCAAGCAGCUGUAGACGCUUACACACAAGUGAUAGACUUUGAUCCAAAUGAUGCGACUUUGCUUACCAACCGAAGUCUUUGCUGUAUUCACUUGGGACAAGCUGAACACGCUCUAGUUGAUGCAGAGGCCUGUAGGGAACCUAGACCAGAUCGGCCCAAAGCUUGCUACAGGGAAGGUGCAGCAUUGCGUAUUUUGCAGAGAUUUGACGAAGCAGCCAAAUCUUUCUACGAGGGAGUCAAGCUUGACCCUGGAAAUGAGGAGCUUGCAAACGCUUUCAGAGAAGCCGUGGAAGCUGGAAGGAAGUUGAUGCUCGAGUCGGAGGGACAUUGCUUGCGAUAGCCGGGCACCAUUUUCCCUGAGAACGAUGGCAUUAACCUUUUUUUUUUGUCCCUUUUCCUUUUUGAGCUUGUACAAAUUUUGUCCAUCAGUUGCAGA